GCUGAUCGGAUUCGUCCGAUUAGACAAGGGCUGUUGUAUGCUUAGUCAGGCUGAUCGGAUUUACCCGAUUAGACGAGCAUGUCUACCUUGUCAGGCUGAUCGGAUUGGCCCGAUUAGCCAAGGUCUGCUGCACUCACGCCAGGCUGACCAGGGUAGGCUGGUUAGGCGGAGAUCUCUAACAU